GCCGUCAUCGUCAUCAUCGCAGCGAAGUGCGAGCUGCAGAAGACUCCCCGAAAAACAAUCUCCCCUCGUAUUAACUUCUUUUAUCUGGUUCGACGAACCACCGUUCAGAAUAAGAGGAAAAAAAGUGUUACACGUAGACAACGGAAAACGGUAGAGAUCUGGAAUGCGCGUCACCAACAUCCGCCGGGGGCGGAUCGCCCGGAUUGUCAUCACGGGAGUGAUCGUCGUGUUCGUGCUGUACAUGAUCGCGACCUGGUCCGGAGUCGAUCACCGAACGGUGAAGGAUGCCUACAAUUCACGGUUCGCCGCCAAGCUGACUGCAAAUGGAGGGCACCGGCCGCCCCAGCAAGACCAUCGGAAUGUAGUUCCGGUGCUAAUUGAAGGCCUCGGUAACUUCGAACCGAAAGAAGUCGAUCGCCGCGAUGGCCCUGGUGAAGGUGGAAAGGCCUACAUUUUGCCGGAAGACCAACAAAAUCGGGCUUCGGAUGCGGAAAUGGAAUACGGCAUGAACAUCGUGGUAUCGGAUACGAUAUCGUUGGAUCGAACCAUUCGGGACACCCGUCUGGAAGAAUGUAAGCACUGGGACUAUCCGCAUGACCUACCCACGACCAGUGUGAUUAUUGUGUUCCACAACGAGGGAUUCUCGGUGCUGAUGCGAACGGUGCACUCGGUUUUGAAUCGUUCGCCGAAGCACGUCCUGCAUGAAAUUCUUCUGGUGGACGAUUACUCCGACAAGGAAGACCUGAAGGGAAAGCUAGAGAACUAUAUUGAGCGAUUCGAUGGUAAAGUGAAGUUGAUACGCAACGUUGAACGAGAAGGCUUGAUCCGGACUCGUUCCCGAGGAGCAAAAGAAGCAACCGGAGAAGUUAUCGUGUACUUGGAUGCCCAUUGUGAAGUGAACACCAACUGGUUGCCGCCGCUGCUGGCUCCCAUCUACCGAGAUAGGACGGUGAUGACCGUUCCGGUGAUCGACGGCAUUGAUCAUAAGACGUUCGAGUACCGGCCGGUGUACGCAGAUGGACAUCACUACAGAGGCAUCUUUGAGUGGGGCAUGCUAUACAAGGAGAAUGAAGUUCCCCGCCGGGAGCAGAAGCGCCGAAAGCACGACAGUGAGCCCUACAAAAGCCCGACGCAUGCCGGUGGUCUAUUUGCCAUCAAUCGAGAGUUCUUCCUCGAGAUCGGUGCCUACGAUCCGGGUCUGCUGGUCUGGGGCGGAGAGAACUUCGAGCUGAGCUUCAAGAUUUGGCAGUGUGGCGGCAGUAUCGAGUGGGUUCCUUGCUCGAGGGUGGGGCACGUAUACCGUGGCUUUAUGCCGUACAACUUUGGCAAGCUGGCCAAUAAAAAGAAGGGACCAUUGAUUACGAUCAACUAUAAGCGAGUCAUCGAAACGUGGUUUGAUGAACAGUACAAAGAGUAUUUCUACACCCGCGAACCUCUGGCGCGGUUCCUGGAUAUGGGCGAUAUCAGUGACCAGUUGGCACUAAAGGAGCGAUUGCAGUGCAAGAGCUUCCAAUGGUACAUGGACAAUGUGGCCUAUGAUGUUCUCGACAAAUACCCGGCGCUUCCGGCCAAUUUGUACUGGGGUGAACUGAAGAACUCCGGCACGGAGAAGUGCGUCGACGCACUGGGCCGUCAACCGCCGGCAAUCAUUGGGCUCCAGCAUUGCCACGGCCAGGGUCACAACCAGUUGAUUCGAUUAAAUGCUGCAGGACAGCUAGGUGUUGGGGAGCGGUGCAUCGAAGCCGACAACAUGGGCAUCAAGUUGGCCUUCUGCCGAAUGGGAACGGUAGAUGGUCCCUGGCAGUAUGACGAGAAUACGUCCACGCUGCUGCAUCGAACCUACAAGAUGUGCAUGGGUUACCAUCCGCAGACACGGGCCCUCGCACUGAUGCCCUGCGACGUGCACAAUGCUUACCAAUCUUGGAAGUUCCACAACAUCACUCCGCGAUGGUAGUUAGGCGGUAGCGAAACAUUCGAGCUCGCACGAGAACAAAAACGCAAAAACAUUCCACACAGCACCGGAGAACAGAUUUAUUUUGGCGAUAUAUUUUCCAUGAUCCGGGCAUUUCUAAUGAAUCAAAAAUUGUAAAUAUCAAAAUCCGUAAAUUCAACCUGUGUGACGAACUAAGUUCUUGGUUUCUUAGCUGAACGUUUUGUACAUACGUGAAACUUAAUGAGGAACUUCUUAGAAGCAUUUUAUUUGUGAGUAACAGUUUUCAAAAUUACUUAAAACCUUAUCUGACCCAUAUAUAAUGUUUAAUAAAUGGGCAGCAGUAAAUUGUGAACUUUAAAUCUUUAGAUAUUCAAAUUAAUUAUUUAUUUCAAAUUGAACUGCUGAAUAUUUUUAAAUUCUAAAUUCCUAUUUUGUAUCAUACUUUUGGAAAGCAGUUACUUAAUACGUUUAUCUGAUAUAGAACUAAAUUAGCCGAAACCGCAACAAAAUGUUACUCCAAAACAUAAAACACAGUUUUUGUUAAUUCAAGCGAUAGAGAACAAUUUAACGGUAGAUCCAAACGCGUGCGACUAUGUGUGCCUUUUUUAAUUACGGUCAAUACUGAAAAAAAAGUUGCUGACUAUCGUGAAAAGCAAGCAAACUUUUGGCACUGAUCUUUUUUACGUUUACGUUGAGAUAGUUGUUUGUGUUGGAAUGUGAAACCUUUAAUUAAUAUGAAACCUACAUGAUAAUUGACUGAAGCCGUAAUUCUUGUGUUGUAAAAUGAUCCACCCGUGUGCUCCAUUGAGUGACGCAAGACUUCCUCAUUUAUUAUUAACUCGAUAGGUAAGAUAAACUGGUACAUCACACCAGUCCGAUUACAUAUGCAAACGGCAGGAGUAGCAUUUAAACGAUAAGGGAACCAGAAAUGGCAAUCUUUCUUGAUAUAAGUAGGAGUAUUCUCGAAGCACAUAACUUUGGCGAUUGAGGUAAAUUGUGAGAAGUGAUGUGAAACACAAAUCACCUGGUUACGACUUAAAAUUGUAUCGAUUUAGGAUAAAUUUUCUAUUGAUUAAGAUAAAUAAAACUUGUUAUUAAAUUUAUCAUA